GAUUACACCAACCCCCACUAGGAAUGAGCGUGAGAGCAUACGGUGUUACCCCUCCCAUAUCAACUGCGAACCCAACUCCCCGAGAGAAUAACCUAAAUGACUUAUUAAUCACUGAAUUGAAGAAUCGCGGGUCGUUCGAAAGUGAACAGGCGACUAAGAAAAGAGUGGAAGUCCUUUCCUUAUUUCAAAAAAUGGUUCAAGAAUUUGUGUACAAAGUUUCAAAAAAUAAAAAUAUGUCUGACGGUAUGGCAAGGGAUGCUGGAGGAAAAAUAUUUACUUUCGGAUCUUAUAGAUUGGGUGUUUAUGGCCCUGGAUCCGAUAUUGAUACCCUUGUGGUGGUUCCAAAGCAUGUCAGCAGAGACGACUUCUUUACUGUAUUUGAAGAGAUCAUUAGAGAGAGACCAGAGCUUGAGGAGAUUACUUCGGUUCCUGAUGCUUUUGUCCCGAUUAUCAAAUUAGAAUUUGCAGGUAUAUCUAUUGAUUUGAUUUUUGCCAGAUUGAAUGUUUCACGUAUACCCAUUGAUAUGACUCUCGAAGAUAAAAACUUGUUACGAAAUAUAGAGGAAAAGGAUAUGAGAUCGUUGAAUGGUACAAGAGUUACCGAUGAAAUUUUGCAAUUAGUACCUAAACCAACAGUUUUCAAGCAUGCGCUACGUUGUAUAAAGAUGUGGGCACAACAACGAGCUAUUUAUGCAAAUGUUUUUGGAUUUCCGGGUGGGGUUGCAUGGGCAAUGUUAGUCGCCAGAAUAUGUCAACUUUAUCCAAAUGCUGUUAGCGCUGUUAUAGUUGAAAAGUUUUUUCACAUUUACACGAAGUGGAACUGGCCCGAACCUGUUUUGCUUAAACCAAUUGAAGAUGGACCCUUGCAGGUACGUGUCUGGAACCCAAGAUUAUAUCUACAUGAUCGUCAACACAGGAUGCCAGUAAUCACACCAGCCUACCCGUCUAUGUGUGCCACUCAUAACAUUACAAGCUCCACUCAGCAAAUAAUUUUAUCCGAACUUGAAAGAGGUGCGGAAAUUAUGAAUCAAGUUAGCGUGGGUAAGAAAAACUGGUCCGACCUUUUGGAAAGGCAUGAUUUCUUUCAUCGCUAUAAGUUCUAUUUAUGUAUUGUUGCUGCUUCAGAAUCCACAGACGAAGAACACGGAAAAUGGAGUGGUAUGAUCGAAAGUAAACUUAGAUUGUUAGUUCAGAAAUUGGAAGUUACCGAGGGAAUAACCCUAGCUCAUCCAUACGUGAAGGAUUUCAGUAAUACAUAUCUUCUUAAGGAUAAUAAGAUCGAGGACGUUAUCGAUGCUUAUGGCAACAUACAAGGGGAGCCAUUUCUCAAUCUGCUUGCCACUCCUACUGAGGAAGACAAAGAUGAGAAACACAUUCAUCUAACUAAGCUUUUCAUUGGUUUAGAAAUCAAUUUGACGAAACCUAUGAAUCUGGCUGACGGUGUCAAGAAGCUUGACAUUCAAUACCCAUGCUCAGAAUUUUACAACUUGUGUAAAGGCUGGCAAACUUACGAUGAAAAUAUUCAUCAAAUUCAAAUUAAGAAUGUUAAAUUAUACGAUUUACCUAAUGACGUUUAUGUUGAAGGAGAGAAAAGACCUGUAAAAAUUACAAAGAAGCGUAAAAAGGAUGGGAAGACGGAUAAACAAAAAAGACCCAAAAGUACAAUACCCACAGCAGCCUAGAUAGUGAAACAUUAAU